CCAAACCAAGCAUAAUAAAUCCACUCAUUUCUUCACAUUUUAUGUGGAUUUAAACAGCAGACUCCAUCCUUACAAUUCCUUCACAGGAAGAGAAAUGGAGUAUGGGAAUGAAAACCGCGACUUGCGACUGUACAAAUCUGCAGUUCAUGGCAACUGGAGCACUGCGAGUAGAAUUUUUGCUGAAGAUUCUGAUGCAUUAACGGCCAAGAUUUUUGGCUUUGAAGAGACUAUUCUCCAUGUUGCAAUUACAGCAGGCCACUCCAUUGAAUUUGUGCAGAAACUUGUAGAUAAAAUGACAGAAGAUAUGGUGGGAAUUGAGAAUAGAGAUGGUAACAAUCCUCUUCACUGUGCUGCUAUGGUUGGAAAUAUAGAAGCAGCAAAGAUAUUGGUGGCAAAGAAUUCAACAUUAACACAGGGAAGGAACUGUCUUAAUGCUACGCCACUUCAUUAUGCUGCUUCAUAUGCUCACGAGGAAACUGUUCGCUUUCUUCUAUCAGUGACUCGUGAUGAGCAACCAAGUCCUUUUGCCGGCGAAGAUGGUGUCAGACUUCUCAAUGAUCUGAUCACUGCUGAUUUUUAUGGCAUCGCUCUUGAUCUAUUGAAACACCAUCUCACAUUAGCACGUGGAAGAGAUCAAAAUGGAUUUACUGCUUUGUAUACACUGUCUAAAAAGCCUCAGGCAUUUGCAAGCGGAAGUCAUCUUGGAUUUUGCCAGCGUUUAAUUUGUCGUAUUUUAGAUGGUACAAGCAGAGAAACUACUGUCACUCGAGGUGGAGAUGUUGAGGAUCAAAUUAGUGGGGAUUCAGAAGAACGCCGAAAGAAAUCCAAGAAAUUUCAAUUUCUACAACGCAUAGAGAAUACAAUGCUGAUGCAUAAGCAAGCAAUGGAGCUACUCAAAAUAUUGAUUUUUGAAGUUUUAAACGCAAGUGACUCAGAAAUUCAUGGUAUAUUAGGACCUGCAACAAUAAAUGCCACUAGAUUGGGUAUUCAAGAGUUUGUUGCCGAAGCUAUUAGGUCCUACCCUUACAUAGUUUGGUUCGCCGAGGAUAGCUAUACUAUUUUUCUUCUUGCAGUUAAAGAUCGCCAAGAAAAAAUUUUCAAUCUCCUUUAUCAAAUGGGUAAUCAUAAGCAUAUUGUUACAUCACUAACAGAUAACUUUGGCAACAACAUGUUGCAUUUAGCAGCGAAGUUAAACCCAUCAAACAAGAUUUCUGGUGCUGCUCUGCAAAUGCAACGGGAGUUGCAAUGGUUCCAGGAAGUGGAAAAGGUUGUGCAACCAUCAUACAAGGAAAAUAUAGGCGAGAAUGGGCAUAUUCCAAGAAUUCUGUUCACCAAAGAGCACAAGAAUCUAGUUGAGACAGGGGAGAAAUGGAUGAAGGAUACAGCUACAUCAUGCGCAACAGUUGCGGCACUUGUGAUCACAGUUGUAUUCGCAGCGGCUUUUACUGUACCAGGAGGCAACAACAGUGAUAAAGGGAUCCCAAUUUACUUGAAAGAAACAGCUUUCAUGAUUUUUGCUAUAUCAGAUGCCUUGGGACUUUUUGCUUCAUCUACCUCAUUGUUAAUGUUUCUGGGCAUACUCACAUCUCGCUAUUCGGAAGAAGAUUUUCUCAGGGCAUUACCUAUGAGGUUAAGCAUUGGUCUUAUCACCUUGUUCUUUUCAAUAGCCUCAAUGCUUAUAGCUUUCAGCGCUGCCUUUCACUUGGUUUUGUUUCAUAGGGUGAAGUGGAUUGCAGUUCCAAUUGGCCUGCUUGCUUGUGCACCUGUUACAUUAUUCGCACUUCUACAGUUUCCUCUCUUAGUUCAAAUAGUCUCUUCAACAUUUGGACCCAGUGUUUUCCGCAAGCAAAGCCAGGAAAUAAUCUUUUAGCUUCAGUUGAUUUCCUCGCUAGCAUUAGAUGUGUGAUUGUAUUUAUGUGAUGCAUAUAGAACCAAAUACCUUCAAAUAUUUUUAGCUAAGGACUGUGAGCCUAGAGAUGCAUAAAAAUGAACAUAUAAAUAUGUAAUUGGAGGGUGAUUUGAAUGGUA